AUGUUCUUCUUGUUUCUGGUUAAUUGCCUUCUAUUCGUUGUCAACAUCUUAGCAGUAUUUUCAGUCUCAUUGCCUCAAGAUUCUAUUCAUCUACUUGGGUUUCGGAGCAGUCUUCCACAGCUCUCUCAACAAUUGCUCCCUUGGAAUCAGUCUGUCUCACACUGCCAAUGGAAGGGUGUUUCCUGCUAUUCUGACACAACUUCUCAUGUCAAAUCAAUAAACUUCACGGACUUCAUUCUAUCUGGAAUCUUGGACAAGGCCUUUCCCAAUCUUUGCUCUCUUCCUCACUUGGUCUCCCUUGAUCUCAGUGGCAACCAUUUCACCGGUAGCAUCCCUGCUAUGCUCGCAAACUGCAGUCAACUUGACACCAUUCUCCUCAUUGACAACAGCCUUUCAGGAUCUAUCCCACCAGAGAUUUUCAGCUCAAGCAAGCUUCUGAAACUCGAUUUGGGUGACAGACCUCUCCCCGACCUACCAUUGUCGUGCUCACUUUAUGAGCUUUAUAUUUAUCAGAAUCGCUUCUCAGGUUCUUUGCCAAUUACCCUAGAUGGUAACAACUUUGAAGGGGAAAUUCCUGAUACCUUAUGGAAUGGGAGCUUACAAGAGUUGCUUCUUUCCACGAAUAAAUUUAAUGGAAGUAUAUCUGUAAAGAUUGGUGGUUGUCAUCAGAUAAAAUACAUUGAUUUGUCAGUUAACAAAUUAACUGGUAACAUUCCCAAGUCUGUAGGACGUCUGAAGAAUUUGAACAAUCUUCUUUUGUAUGAUAACAUGCUUAGUGAUUCAUUACCGGCAGAACUUGGAAACUGCACUUCUCUUGCUGAGAUCAAUCUCAUCCGUAACUUCAUCAGUGGGGAAAUUCCUUCAGAACUUUGCAACCUUCAAACCCUAGCAAUAUUCAAUGCGUUCGAAAAUCAAAUGCAGGGCCAUAUUCCAGAAUGCAUAUGCAGAAUGAGUGGGCUGGAGGAGCUAGCUUUUUAUGAGAACCGAUUGACCGGGGAGGUGCCUCGUGGUCUUGGGGAAAAUAGUUUCCGUGCUUUGGUCAAGAUUGAUUUAAGUUAUAAUAACUUCAGUGGACAGAUUCCUACUGAACUAUUUAAUGGCAACAGUCUUGCAGUGCUAGUUCUUGAAAACAACCGUUUCAAUGGUAGUUUCCCAACAUAUAUAGCAAAAUUCAAAUCUCUAUAUAGGGUGAACCUUGUUAACAACCAUCUGCAGAGGAGUAUUCCUGAAGGCAUUGAAGAACAUUGCGUACGUGAAUAUUCGAGGAAAUAUGCUUACAGGAAAGAUUCCAGCAGCCUUUGGUUGUUGGACCAAUCUUUCAAUGAUUGA